AUGAACCAAAUGGUAGAUUAUAUUAAAAAAGAAGGAGAAGGAUUAAAAUGUAUUGUUGUUGUAUUACCUUUUCAUGAGGAUAAAUUUUCAGAGGUUAUUCAAAUAAUGAUUAGAAUAAUAGCUAAUACCUUCCCAAUUGUUGGCUUUUGGAAACAUGUUUGUGUAGUAUGGACAAAGUGCAUGUGUUUUUACCCUCAAGCUGUGUUAGAAGAAUCUAUUCAUAUUAAACAAUCAUAUUAUAAUGAAAAAAUGAUGGAUUAUAUUAACCAAAAAACAGGAAGUGAACAUAUAACUUUCCCAAUGUUUUUUGUAGACUCAAACCCAUGUACAGGACAAGAUAACUCUAGGUCAGAGAAUGAAAUUGAAUCCCUUUUAAAUUGGGCAAGAAAAUUAUCACCGAUUGAUGUUAACAAAGUUGAAAAGAGGGACAUUGUCUAUGAAUCUGUUAUUCUAGAAGAGGAAGAUCAAGAAAUAGUUAUAAGUAAAACAGAAAAAGAAUUAACAACUCAAAUCAACCACUUGGUAAGAGAGAAGAGAUUUCGUUACGAUGAAGAUGAACCAAGUUAUUCAAAUUGGGAAACUGUUAGUUCUACAACCAAAGUCAAAGAGUUCCCAAAACAAGUCACACACUACGUCACGGAAUAUGUUUACAGAGAUCCACCAAAAGAGGAAAAGAAUAAAGAAAAUAAAGAAUUUGAAGAUACCAUGAAUGGUUUAGGUGCUGCAGUUUUUAUUGGUGGUUGUAUUGUCAAAGGCAUAAUUGACUAUAACAGAAGAAAAAAAGUGACCAAAUUAAAAGAGGUUCUUUUCUUAACUUUUUUAAGAAAAAGAAUAAAUUUUAAUUCAAUACUUUAA